AUGGCGAAUCCCGAACGUACUUUAAGGGAAUGGGCAGCACCCAACGUCCCCGAGCAACCUCUUUGCAUCACUUAUCCGCCGGAAGAGGUAAGUGUUGAACUUAAAAUUGGUUUAAUACACUUACUACAUCGUUUUCAUGGUUUAGCUAACGAAGACCCGUACAAGCAUAUGACCGAGUUCCACAUGGUGGGCUUGGGGAUGAAGCCGCAAGGCACGACGGUGGAGAAUCUCAAGCUGAAGGCAUUUCCAUUCUCCCUAGUUGACGCAGCUAGGGAGUGGCUUUUCUACUUACCACCGGGAUCCAUCACCACUUGGGCGCAAAUGGCGAGAGCAUUCCUCGACAAGUAUUUUCCUGCAUCCAAAGCCGCCGGGCUUAGAAGAAAGAUAUGUGGGAUCAAGCAGAAGGACAUGGAGUCUUUAUACGAGUAUUGGGAGCGCUUCAAGCGCCUUUGUGUAAGUUGUCCUCAACAUGGUAUUUCUGAUGAAUUACUAAUUCAAUAUUUUUAUGAAGGUUUGCUCCCGAUGGAAAGAAAGAUGAUGGAUGCUGCGAGCGGAGGAGUUAUAGUGAACAAUACGCCAACACAAGCAAGGACCUUGAUAGACAUCAUGGCGGAAAACUCCAAGCAAUUUGGAGUACGGAGUGACAUAGGUCGAGGCGCUAGUGAAGUACAUGUUAAAUCUUUAGAGACUAAAAUAACUGAUUUGACUAACCUUGUGAAACAACUUGCCAUGGGUAAUAUGUCUCAAGUCAAAGCAUGCGGAUUUUGCUCAUCAGUGGCACAUCCCACCGAUGCAUGCCCGACUUUACAUGAAGAAGAAGAGCAAGUGAAUGCCAUUGGGGGUGGCAAUUUUCAAAACUCAAACAACCGGGCUCCCGACCCUUUCUCGAGCACAUACAACCCCGGUUGGAGGCAACAUCCAAAUCUAAGCUACGCCCCGAGGCAAGGACAAGGACAAGGGCAGCAAUUUCAGCAAAGAGCUUCAUUCCAGCCGCCUCAGCAGUUUCAACCUCAACAAUUCCAAGCACCGCCGGGCUUUCAGCAACAACAUCAAUCGAAGGCACCAUUUCAGCCGAGUGCCCAACAUCAACAUCAAGUGUCACCUCAAGCUCCUAGUGGCUCAGGUACGUCAUUAGAGGAUUUAGUUAAGUCUAUGGCUGCUAACAUGGUGAAAUUUCAACAGGAAACUCAAGCGAGCAUUCAAGACCUUCAGGCCACCAUUGGCCAAUUAGCAAACAAGGGUAAGUUGCCAUCUCAAACAGAGACGAAUCCGAAGGCAAAUGUGAGUGCUGUCACUUUGAGAAGCGGAAAGGAGCUUCAAGAGGUUGGAAAGAAGAAGAAGGAAAAGGUUCAUGAGGAAGAAGAAGAGUUAGAGGUCAAGACAUCCACUUCGGGUGCAAAGGAUGUCAAAGAAGAGGAGUUAAAGAAGAAGACACCCGAAGURAUAGUUCAAGCACCGCCAUUCCCGAGCCGAUUCGAGAAGACAAAGCGGGAGAGUGAAGAGAAAGAGAUUCUUGACACAUUUCGGARAGUUCAGGUAAACAUCCCUUUAUUAGAUGCAAUUAAUCAAGUUCCUAGAUAUGCUAARUUUUUGAAAGAGCUUUGUACUAAUAAAAGGAAACUAAAGGGUAAUGAAAAGAUAAGCAUGAGUCAAAAUGUGUCCGCUGUUUUGCAAAGACAGUUACCACCCAAGUGUAAAGACUCGGGCAUGUUUACCAUACCAUGUAAGGUAGGCAAUGUCUCGGUAAAUCAAGCCAUGUUGGACUUAGGGGCAUCAAUUAAUGUUAUGCCAUAUGCCAUCUACUCAUCUUUGGAUGUAGGGCCCCUUAAGCCAACCGGUGUGGUAAUUCAAUUAGCGAAUAGGUCUAUUGUCUACCCUAAAGAGGUAUUAGAGGAUGUGUUAGUUCAAGUGAAUGAACUGGUCUUUCCGGCAGAUUUUUAUGUUAUAGAUAUGGAGGAGAAAAAUGCCUCCAAGACCGGUAUGCUUGUGCUAGGUAGACCAUUUCUGAAAACUUCAAAGACUAAGAUAGACGUUCAUAGUGGUAGUUUGACAAUGGAAUUCGAUGGCGAAAUAAUUAAAUUUAACAUAUAUGAUGCCAUGCGAUAUCCGAGUGAUGUUUCGUCUUUAUGCUUUGUUGAUAUUAUCGAGUCUUUAUCUGAUACUAUGUUUGAUCUAUCUAAUGAGGAUGUGUUAAAAGUGAUUCUAGAUAGGGACUUAACAAAUGAAAGUUUGAAGAAGCUUGCCCAAGAGUACAAGCUUGAUGAUGAUUAUGCAGAAUUGGUGUCUUGGAUGGAGAAAGGGCGAGUACAAAAGCCAAGGUAUGAAGUCUCUAAARUAGAUUUGCCUAUAUCUCACACUAGACUUUUGCCUUCUGUUGAACAGGCACCCGAGCUAGAAUUGAAGACACUACCACACCAUCUGAAGUACACCUAUUUGGGAGAUAAAGAGACCCUUCCGGUGAUCAUAUCCGCCACACUGUCACCAAAGGAGGAAGGAGAGCUUGUAGAUGUUUURAAGGAGCACAAGAGGGCGAUUGGAUGGACCAUCGCCGACAUCAAGGGCCUCAGUCCCUCACUUUGCCAGCACAAGAUACUAUUAGAGGACGAGUACAAGCCAUUCAGAGAGCUCAAAGGAGGUUGA